UCUAAGCAGGUGAUAAAUACGCGUGGGGUAAAGAACAACAGGAUAGCAAGUCAGCAGAAGGGAAAAGUAAUGGAGGAGAUAAAGUUGGAUGAGAAGCAAGCCCUGGCAUGCUGCGGCAGCACCCAAUUUGCCAAGCAAAUGGCUAUGGCCUCUCCAUUUCCAUCCUUGGAUCACGCUAUCUCUGCCGCCACGGAUAUCUGGUUCAACAAGGUUGAUGUUAAUGGUUGGCUGGAAGCUUUCGCAGCUCAUCCUCAGAUCGGAGAAUCCCCUUCUUCUCACACCACCAGUGCUCAGUGGAGUAAAGGAGAACAAGCAACUGCUUUAGCAACUGCCACUGAUUCUGGGUUACAGGAACUAUCCAACUGGAAUGCUCAAUAUAGGCAAAAAUUUGGACAUGUAUUUUUAAUUUGUGCCGCUGGGAGGAGUGCUGCCGAAAUACUUAAUGAAUUGAAGAACCGGUACUUGAACAGGCCCAUACUUGAGCUUGAGAUAGCAGCCCAGGAGCAAAUGAAAGUAACGGAAUCACGUCUUAGAAAGCUUCUCUCUGCUAAAGCUAAAGCUGAUUCAACAGGCAGUCAGUAUUCAAUGGUGGGCGUAAGAAAAGCUGAAGUCUCUAAUCUACAUGCUGUUUCACAUUGCACCAUUUCUCAUGAACGAGUGGGCAUAAUUGGACAACAUUUAAAUGCUUCUUUAGAAGGUUUCCUGGGAAAAGCACCUCAAGUCCAAACUCGAACCCGACCACCCAUUACUACCCAUGUCUUGGAUGUUUCUAGGGGAUCUCCAGGUGCUGGUAUUGAAGUACAUUUGGAAAUGUGGAAGGGCAGCCAACCUCGUCCAUUGUUUGGUGAGAUUGAUAUAGGUGGCUGGGUACUUCAAGGAUCUUCAACUACUGAUAAAGAUGGACGAAGCGGUCAGUUGAUGAGCAUGGUAGAUGCUUUAAGCCCUGGAGUAUACCGGAUAAGCUUUAACACAGGUAAGUACUGCCCUGAAGGCUUUUUCCCCUAUGUUUCAAUUGUCUUUGAAAUCAGGGAGACGCAAAAAUUUGAGCAUUUUCAUGUUCCGCUGCUGCUUUCACCAUUCUCGUUCGCUACUUACCGUGGGAGCUAGAGGAAUUUUAUGUUUCUGAUAUUCAAGCAUAGGGGUAGCUGACUGAGACGGUCGUCUUUUAAUGUCAUUACGGUAUGUUGCUUAGUUAUUAGUGUGAUGAAAAUGGAGACGUGCCUUCUUAUUUCAAUAAAAAAAAAAAAAAAA